AUGAAGCAUCUGCCCCCGGGGCCCAAGGGCCUCCCAGUCAUUGGUAGCAUGAUGUUACUUGCGGAUACUGACAAGAUGAUGAAGAUUGCAAAAGACUGGGCGGACGAGUACGGCGAGAUCUUCUACACCAAAGUUGGCUUGUCCCAUUUCAUAUGGCUUUCUUCGCCUACAGUGGUGAGAGAGCUCAUGGAUAGGCGCGGCGCCAUCUAUUCCUCGCGGGCGUCUAGUCCUAUGAUCAACAUGGUCUCCAACAACGAGCGUGUGAAUUUCAUGCCGUAUGGCGAAAAGUGGCGGACCGUCAGAAAUAUUCUCCAGUCAGCACUCAAUCUGCAGACGUCGUCGACGUACAAGCCUGUCCAGGAUUUCGAGUCCAAACAGGCUGUGUGGGAGAUUCUGCAUGCAAAGAGCGAUGAAGACUUUAGCGAUAUCAACAGGAGAUAUUCCACGAGCACCAUCAUGGUGAUAACGUACGGCCAGCGCGUCCCGAGCCUGAGUGACCCCACGUAUCAAGAUAUCCUCAAGAUAGUCCGUCACUUCUCGCUCGCGACGGCCCCGGGGGGCUGGAUGAUUGACACGGUUCCCAUGCUCGCAAACAUGGUACCUCAAUUUCUCCUCCAGAACUGGAAAAAGACUGCGCGACAAUGGUACAAGGAGGAUUCGGAAAUCUACCUGUCCAUGUACCGCAAGCUCAUGCAAGAGGUCAAGGACGGGACCGCGCCAGACUGCUUCCUAAAGGAUCUGGCGAGAGAGAAGCUCCAGAAGAAUGCCAUUUCGGAUGUGACGGCUGCUUUCGCCGCUGGUGCUUUGAUCGAGGCGGGAAGCGACGCGACGACCACGGCACUAAACAAUGUAAUCCUCGCCUGUCUGCUUUGGCCCGACAUUGUUAAGGGCGCGCAUGAGGAGCUCGACAGAGUCGUCGGCCGGGACCGGAUGCCCGACUUCAGCGACGAGACAAACCUCCCAUACAUUCGGGCCAUGGCAAAGGAAACACUGCGAUGGCGGGCCUCGACCAAAAUCGGGACCGCGCACGCAACGACGCGCGAUGACUGGUACAAGGGCUACUUCAUCCCCAAGGGCGCUGUGGUCGUGCUCAACUGGUGGGCCAUACACAUGGACGAGAAACGGUGGAAAGACCCAGAGCGGUUCGACCCAACGCGCUAUCUGGAUGACCCUCUCAGCGAAGCCGAAUCCAUGGCUCAAGCCAAUCCGGAGCUCCGCGAUCACUUCACCUUUGGCGCUGGCCGCCGAAAUUGCCCCGGCUUGCACAUCGCUCAUAACUCUUUAUUUAUCAACCUUGCACGGAUCAUGUGGGCUUUUGAUAUUAGCAAGCCUGUGGAUGAGAAUGGGAGGGCAAUCGAACCUUCGAAGGAAGCUCUUCCAGGGUUCUUGUUGACGCCUGUUAAGUUUGGAUGUCAUUUUGAGCCGAGAAGUGCGCGCCAUGCAGAGAUUAUUGAGAAGGCUUGGGCGCAAGCGCAGGAGGAAGGGUUGAUCUGGGGCCGAGAGAAGGGGGGGAAGAGGAGAGUCGGGGUUGGAAAUGGCAUCGCCGUGUAA